AUGUCGACGCUGAUGAGCCUUCAACGUUUCGAGGACUAUUAUCUACCCGGCGGUGACCUCUACUGCAUUGCAGAGAACAAGAUCUUCCGGGUUCAUCGUUAUUUCUUCCAACGGGAAUCAUCCUACUUCAAGGCUCAGCUAGCGCAGCCAGCGACGCCCGGCGCGUCCAAGCUCGGUACAUCGGACGACAGUGCGAUAUUAUUGGAGGGUGUUCGGAGCGAAGCUUUCUCCAAGCUGCUAUGGGUGUUCUAUAAUCCUAAAUACUCGCUCUACGACGCAACGGUUGAAGACUGGUCUACCAUUCUCGAGCUUGCGGACAAAUGGGGCUUCGUUGAGGUGAAGAACCUCUGUGUUCGCCAACUCGAGAAACUGGAGAUGCUGGAUGUCGACCGCAUUGUGCUCUACCACGACUUCCAUGUCGACGAGAGGUUCCUUGUCCCACGCUACGUUGCCCUGUGUGAGCGGCCAGAGCUGUUGACGGUGGAAGAGGGUCUUCGACUGGGAAUGCACACGGUGAUAGCCCUCACUCGGGCCCGUGAAUGCGCCAGAAACAGUGCCUCGAGCGGAAUGCGAAGCCCCUCUCCCGCGUCAAUGAGCGAGAAGGAGCUCACGGACAUCAUCCUGGACCACUUCAACAUCAGGGACGACGACGAAUCCACCAAACCGACAGAAGAGCCCCCCAAAACCACCACCACCACCACCACCGCCCCCACCACCACCGCAACAACAACCACAACAACCGCCGAUCCCUUCAAGACCGACGAUAUCAAUGCCUUAUUUGGGUUUGGUCCAAAGCCCGAGCCAAACGGGAAGCCCAGCGACACUGGCGAUUCCGCCACCGGGGACAAGACAUCUGGAGGAGGUGCAACUGGCACAGAAACAGACACCCCAAACACCCCUACCACCACCGGAAAUUCUGGGAGCGACGAGGACAGUGGUUACGGGAGCGAGGCGGUCAAGGCAACGACAGUCUUCUAUUCAGACGCUGGAGAUGAAAAUGAGUUUACGAAUAGUUACGAGGUAAAAGUCGACGCCCAUGCGAUAGACCAUUCGGCCCAGAAACUUCAAGUCGUCGUUGAGGAGACCUCUGCCCUUCCGUCCCCAGUCCAUCCCACCAAAUCCCGGGCCGUACUGAUCCCUUCAUCUGAGGAUGAAGGUGGUGAAGACGCUUUCUUUGACCUUUGA